UAAAAUGAUGGCGGCCUAUCAAAAGGUAGUAACGUGGAUAAGCGUAACAUUCCAGAAGCUACAUAUCACGAUCGAACCUUUUGGCUUUCUCUUCGUUAUGGCAACCGUUAUACAGUCUGUCCCUAAACAAUACAUGCUUUCCUACAAAGUCUGCAGGAGCUAUUAUACCUUCAAUCCUAAUUUCAGUGAUUGCUAUGGUAGUAAUGGAACGCAUUCGGUUUUCACACAAAUUCCUUUGGAGACGCUGGAUUACAUCGAAAGUUAUGCUAGUAUUUUGAAUAUGUACGGCUCACUGAUUGAUCACUUCCUUUCAGCCCUCUUUAUCUUAUUAUUCGGACCACUCAGCAAUCAAUACGGAACAAAAUUCUUGAUGGUUGCUCCUACCACUGGACAAAUCAUAUCCACUUUAAUCGUCAUGGCAAAUUAUUUCGCGGAUUCGCUUUCAGCUGAAUUUCUUCUUUUUGCUGACAUGUCAAUAGGUGUCCUAGGUGGCAGAGCUACCUUUGUUAUGGCUGUAAAUACCUACAUUGUGGAUGUAACGACGGAAGAAUCCAGGACACUCCGACUGGCGAUCAUGGCCGGCGUAGUCGCCAUAGCUGUUCAGAUUUCAUCACAAUUGAUUAGUGCCGUCGUAUACAAUCUAGGCGGUUACCUGGCCAUUUGGUUGAGUGCACUUGGUUUCUAUACCUUAUCAUUGAUUUACCUGUUCUUCUUUGUUCGUGAUUCACGAGGCCAACCAGCGAAAAAUCGAUUCGCUCGGCUUAUUGUCAUAAAAUCCACUUCAGCAAAAGAAGCAGAACAAUCCAUAAGAGAAUCGCUAUCAGAAAAAUGCAAUUGUGGAGUCAUUCUGAAAAAUGUGAGGCACUGGCCCGUCAUUGUUUUCAACCUACGGAAAGGAUACGAACGCAUUUUAAUUUUUUGUUUGAUGAUUUGCUUUUUCUUGAAUUUGUUUUCAUACGCCCACUACGGUGUAGCUUACCUUUACACGAGAGACAACUUUUCCUGGGACCAUUCUGAUUAUAUUUUGUACACGGCUAGCUUUUCUUUUGUUGAAAUCCUGGGAACUCUUCUUUUCUUGCCUCUUCUAUCAGAUUAUUUGAGAUUUUCGGACGUUAUAAUUGGCAUUUUGUCAUCAAGUGGGAAUGUGUUGUCGUACCUGUUUAUAGCUUUAGCCGCAUCUUCAACGAUCGUGUAUCUCUCCACGCUUGGCCGUUUGUUGUCGUUGGGAAUUGCCGUUGUUAUCAGGUCACUGCUCUCCAAACUGGUGAAAGCCGAUGAAAUCAGUCACAUCUAUUCAUUUGUUGCCGUCUUGGAAUCCCUUGUUCCUCUUAUUGCGUUGGUCAGCUUCGAUUCGUUGUACAAAACAACUCAGGGCUUGUUUUCUGCAACCGUUUUCCUUGUCGAGAUGGGCAUUGAAAUUAUGCUGCUAAUGACAUUCGUUGGCGUUCUGAUUCUUCUGAAGAAGGAGAAGGCAAAUAGUGUCCGCCCUGCCAGCAACUAUUACCUAUCGCCGUUUAGGAGGCCAAAAAAAUAA